GGAGAUCUCUCUCGGUUCCGGGCAGAGCCGCACCCGCUCCUCUCUUCGCUGCCCUCCCUGCCGCGGACUGCCGGGUCACACGGGUUCGAGCCCUGGUCCAGAAAGAUCCCACAUGCUGCGGAGGAACUAAGCCCGUGAGCCACAACUACUGAGCCUGCACUCUAGAGCCCAUGAGCCACGACUACUGACCCCAGAUGCCUAGAGCCCGUGCUCCGCAACAAGAGAAGCCACUGCAUUGAGAAGCCCGCGCACCACAACGAAGAGUAGCCACUGCUGGCCGCAACUAGAGAACCUGUGCGCAGCAAUGAAGAACCAACAAAGCCAAAAAUAAAAUAAAUAAGUAUUACCAAAAAAAAAAAGAAAGAAUGAUGGUGCUCUGAUGCUGUAGAGAGUCGCACAAAAUUUUCCUAUUGUAGAGGCAUCAGAAAUCAUUUCAGAGGCCUAGAGGCAACUAUGUGGAAACAAGUGUGGGCAACGGUGUCUUUAAGCAUUUUUAUUAUUAUUCUCUUCAAAAUUCACAGUCUUUCAUUCCUACCUGUUAGAAGGAAAAAUUAUUAAAAUAUGUUUUCCCACGGUCUCUGAUUUUUAUCCAGACAAUCCCCUUUCUAAUUCGAUCAGAGAUAUUUAUCACAAACUCAGUAACGUAUGUCCUCCACAGGCAUAAGCACAGUUCCCUCUCUUUGGACACCCUUCAGGGGUCUUCACUCACCCAUAGGCUGGUUUUUUCCUCAUUGCUCUUUGAAUGCUGUGCUUAGUUUUACCAUUUGGUAUCAUCAUCCUCUUCUAAAUAUGUAAAAGCCUGCUUCGUCCUUUAAGGCCUGGCUCUAGCCUCACCUUCCUCAUAAAGCUUUCCCUGCUGUAGCCCAUACAGUUAUUUCCCUUCUUUGAAUCUCUCUGUAAAGGAUAGAGGGUAAACAGUAACAACAGCAGCAAAAGCAAUGUGUGCGUCUUCACCGAGUGAAAUUAAAAAUCACUCAAGAUCAGAAAUCUUGUUUAGUCUUCCUGUUGUGUAUUCUCACCAAAUUCCCUAAGAUGCUCAUCAUAUUACAUCCUAUUCAUUCCUAGAAGGAGGCCGCCACGUUUGGGAAAGACAAAACAGAGUAAACAUUGAAAGACCCCAGAGACCUGGAGGAUGGACUUUUCCAAGGGUGUCGGAGCAGCAGCUUACAAUGAGAAAUCAGAGAUUGAUAAUCUCAGAGAAAACUACAGUCGGCAAAUUUCCAUUAAUCACAAUGACUUCAAAAUUUUAAAAAAUAAUGAGAGUCAGCUGUGGGAAGUCCUCCAGAAAAAAUUUAGCUGUAUCUUUACCCUAGUUUCUCCAGCCCAGGAAGGUAACAGUGAGUCUCUACAAGUCUUCAGAAAAAUGCUGGUGCCCAGGCUAGAGUUAUCUGUCUGGAAGGGUGACCUCACCAGACAUGUUGUUGACGUUGUGGUGAAUGCAGCCAAUGAAGACCUCAUUCAUGGGGGAGGCCUGGCCCAGGCCCUUGUGAAAGCUGGCGGCCUUGAAAUCCAAGAGGAGAGCAGAAGAUAUGUUUCCUUAUAUGGCAAAAUUCCAACUGGUGACAUAGCUAUCACAGGAGCAGGGAAGCUUCCCUGCAAACUCAUUAUCCAUGCUGUUGGGCCUCGGUGGGGGUUAAUGGAUACACAGGAAUGUAUCGAUAAACUGCGUAGAGCCAUUACAAAUAUUUUGGAUUUUGUCAAUCGUAAUGGGUACCCUGAGACAGUAGCUAUUCCAGCCCUGAGCUCUGGGAUUUUCCAGUUCCCUCUGGAUUUGUGUACACAAGUCAUUGUGGAAACUAUCAAGCGUUAUUUCCAAAACAUGCAACUAACCAGUAAUUUGAAAGAAAUUCACCUGGUAAGCAAUGAGGACCCUACUGUUGCUGCCUUUAAAACCGUUUCAGAAGCCAUCCUAGGGAGGAACGAGCUGGGGUCCCGGGUGAGUCAAGAAGCCACCGACCUUUUCAAUACUAUGGUUGUGAACAACCUGACUCUCCAGAUUGUCCAGGGCCACAUUGAAAUGCAGGAAACGAAUGUAAUUGUUAAUUCUGUAUAUACACAUGGUGGUCUUAGAGCUACAUCUGUGUCAAAAUCAAUUCUACAAGCAGCAGGAGAUGAAAUAGAAAGGGAAUUUAGCCAAAAUAUGACUAAGACACCACUAGAUUCCCAGUUGGUACUGGUCACAAAAGGAUUUAAAUUGCCCUGCAAAUACGUGUACCAUGUGUUGUGGCCUUCAGGAUAUUCUGAACAAAAACUGACAUUGGAAACUGCAAUGAAGAAAUGCUUGGGAAAAUGCCUUGAGCUAAAUAUAACUUCCAUUUCCUUUCCUGCCCUUGGGACUGGAAUCUCUGAAGCAGCAGAGAUUAUGUUUAAUGAAGUUUUAAUGUUUGCCAGACACCAUUUGCAACAAUUAACUGUAAAGUUUGUGAUCUUCCCAAAAGAACAGCAGUUAUAUAAGGUUUUCAGCACUGAAAUGGAAAAGAAUAAGUUGAAGCUGCAGGGUCUCAACAAUUACCCUGGUGUCCCCCAGGGAACCAGAGAGAAGAGAGAAAAUAGAUUUCCUGUCCUCAAUCUGAUGGGAUCCGAUCAGGAAAAGAUAGAUGAGGCCCAAGCGUGGAUCCAGAGGAUACUGACCCUCCAGGACUACCACAUCAUUGAGGAUAUGCAUAUCCUCUACCUCGGGAAAAAGAAACAUGACUAUUUGUCUGAGCUUCAGAAAACCUCAUGUGUCUCUAUCUCAGAGAUGAUCAGCCCGGGAAAAGCACAGUUAGAGAUUAAAGGAGCCCAGGCUGACCUCUUUAAGGCAGUUAUGAACAUUGAACUAAUGCUGUGUGAAGUUCAAGAGGAAAUGGCAAGAAAAAAGGAGCGCAUCCUUUGGAGCUUGUCAGGGCAGCAGACUGAUCAGCAACCAGAAAACCAGAAUCCAAUGAAGGAAAAUGCAUUUUUGAAAUGCCUGAAGAUUUCAACUCGAGAAAUUCAGGAUCAAAAGAAACAGUUUGAAGACUGUGGUUUGUGGGUUAUAAAGGUGGAGAAGGUAGACAAUGCACUUCUCAUGGCUGCCUUCCAGAGAAGGAAGAAAAUGAUGGAAGAGAGAACCCAUGGGAAACCUGUGAGCCACAGGUUGUUUCAGCAAGUCCCACACCAGUUCUGCAAAAUGGUAUGCAGAGUCGGCUUUCACAGAAUGUACUCCGUGCCCUGCGACCCAAAAUAUGGAGCUGGAAUAUACUUCACCAAGAACCUCAAAAACAUAGCACACCAGAUCAAGAAAACAUCCGCCACAGAUAAGCUGAUCUAUGUGUUUGAGGCUGAAGUACUCACAGGCUCCUUCUGCAAGGGUCAUCAGUUUAAUAUUGUUCCCCCACCAUUGCAUCCUGGAGCCGUAGACUGCCAUGACAGUGUGGUUGACAAUGUUUCCAGCCCUGAAACCUUUGUCGUUUUUAGUGACACACAGGCUGUGCCCCAGUAUUUGUGGACUUGCAUCCAAAGUCAUGUACAGGAUUACUCAGGACAAAUGAUGCUGUCUCCACAGCAGCCUUGGAGGAAACUCUCAAGUGGCAGCUCUGUUGAUUAACCUCCACAUCAUUUUAACAAUAGGUAUGACCUUCCUUUGGAGGAACUAACCAAAUAAUGACCAUCAGUGACUCAAAGAGUGGUUUGAAUAUGUCAAAUAAACUAUCAUCUUAGCGCCUUCAUCUUUGUCUUCCUCUCUUGGGGUUGGGGUGGGUAGAUAACAACUAAAACACUCUUAGGACCUCUCCCUCUCCUUCAAGUUGUCCUUUUAUCUUCUUUACCAUAGGCAAUAGCAAAAAUGUUUUACAUGUAGUGAAGAGAUUUUCCAGUAUAUAAUCCAAUCCUUUUAUUUUGUAAAAUGAUGAUAGUGUAACAUAUUAAGACGGCAAGAUGAUUUUAGA